UGCAUGGUAAUUCUUCCUUUCACUCUCACGCAGUGUGAGUGGUUGAGAAGACCCGGGCUGCAGCAUGAGCUCGCCGAUACGUGGCGAGUUUCAGUCACUCACUUUAAACGCGCUUCCUCAUCACACCCGCCGCGCGUCGUCCAUCCACUGUGGCCACGAUGCGGUCAUAAUGAUUGCGACCGUCCUUUUGCGCAAGGCUGCGCGCUGCGGCGCCAGUUGAACAGACGCAUGGAGAAGCCAGAGAAGUAUCUGUCGUCGGUGCAGGGGACCGACUCCGCGCCGGCGCCGCACGGGGAGACCAUGUGGAACAGCACCGAGUCAGAGGUGACUGGCAACGGCGAGAGAGACGGCGUGGUUUUGCGCGCCCUGACGGGGUGUUUGCUCUUCCUCCUCAUCCUGUGGACGCUCAUGGGCAACAUCCUGGUGUGCUCCGCGGUGCUGCGCUCCCACCACCUACGGACAAAAGUGACCAACAUCUUUAUCGUGUCCCUGGCCCUGUCGGAUCUCUUUGUGGCUGUGCUAGUGAUGCCAUGGAAGGCUGUAGCGGAGGUAGCAGGAUACUGGCCAUUUGGCACUUUCUGUAACGUCUGGGUGGCAUUUGAUAUUAUGUGCUCCACCGCUUCCAUCCUCAACCUUUGCAUCAUUAGUGUGGACAGAUACUGGGCCAUCUCCAGUCCCUUUCGCUACGAGAGGAAAAUGACUCAGAGAGUGGCGUUUGUCAUGAUAAGCAUCACUUGGACGUUGUCAGUGCUCAUUUCAUUCAUACCGGUCCAGCUCAACUGGCACAAAGCCAGCGGGGAUGUCUCGGCUGGGGCGAGCAACUCCUCCGCAGGUCGCCGAACAGAGGAGAACUGUGACUCCAGUCUGAGUCGAGAAUACGCUAUCUCCUCAUCAUUGAUUAGUUUCUACAUCCCUGUGGCAAUUAUGAUUGUGACUUACACACGAAUAUACCGGAUUGCUCAAAUACAAAUCAGGAGAAUAGCUUCUCUAGAGAGAGCUGCAGAACACGCGCAAAGUUGCAGGUCGAAAAGAAUAGAGUGCCAACACCACAAUACUCUAAAGACAUCUAUCAAGCGGGAAACCAAAGUUUUCAAAACACUUUCGGUGAUUAUGGGUGUCUUUGUGUGCUGCUGGUUGCCCUUCUUCGUCCUCAACUGCAUGGUUCCUUUCUGCGACAAGCCGUCCACUGACCAGCACGCGGGUCUGCCAUGUGUUAGCGAGACCACCUUUGACGUUUUUGUGUGGUUCGGCUGGACCAACUCAUCCUUGAACCCCAUCAUUUACGCUUUCAACGCAGAGUUCAGGAAAGCCUUCGCCAGCUUGUUGGGUUGUCGCUACUUCUGCUCCAACACGCCUGUAGAAACUGUUAACAUCAGCAACGAGUUAGUGUCCUAUAACCAAGAUACUAUGAUCCACAAGGAGAUUGCCAGCGCUUAUGUCAAUAUGAUACCCAAUGUUGUGGAAUGUGAGGAGACUUUUGACAGGCUCUCUCAGCUUACUGUUAACAAUGACAACGCCACCGACUCGGUGUGUGACUUGGAGGAUUGCGAGGCUGUUAUCAGUCUCGACAGGAUGUCGCCAUUCAUGCCCAAUGGAUUACAUUGACCCCAAUCUCCACUAUCACUACCACCCACAGACACCCGCCACGCUUAACUGGAUGUACUAGUAACCACUUCAUUGGUCGGUUUUCCUCCUCACAGCCAAAAGCUCAGAGGAAAAAAUGUGGAGAAUGGAUCAACUUGCGUGGACGUCCAAAAGACCAGUUUAACGCCAGCUAGGUGAAGCCAUUCACAGCUACACCAACUCACACCUACAGAGGACGAAGAGAUGGUGGGUGGUGACAUGGCAACGCACAUAAUUUGAUCAGCAGCUUUUUUUUAACAGCUGCUGAGUGCCAGAGGUAGGUAGUUUCUUUGCAUACUUCUAUGCAAUUGGCAGUAGUUUUACCUUAUUUCAGUUUUGUCACAUCUGCUUACUCUACUUUUCUCCCGAGUUCUACCUGCCACAAAUUCGGGAAGAGCAGGCGAGGAAUAAGGAAAGUGUGGACCCAACUGCAG